AUUUUUACGUCAAAUAUCAGAGCCUUUGAAUUUCAACAAACCAGAAAGUUCAGUACACAUUGGUACUCCCAACGAUACAAAGCUGUGAACUGUUGGUCUUAGAAAACUAAUCCCCCGUACUUAAUAGCUGCGUGGUCAUGUCUUCUCCAAGUUCAAGAAAAAUGAGGGACCCUUUCAACGAGUAUUGCUUGCCACCGUUGAAUGGUAUCGUCCGGGCCCCGAUAAUUCCGCCAUCGAAUCGUCCUGGUCGGAGGACCAACGUGCUGGAUGAAAUAAAGAUCGUGGUUAAUGCGCUCGUGCGGAACCCCUGCUCUCUACACUUCCGGAAACCCUUGGGCACCAACCCCAUGGACUUGCCCAACUAUCACAUGCUGAUCAAGCGGCCGAUGGACUUGAGUACGAUCCUGCGGCGCCUGAACAACAACUAUUAUUGGCAGGGGAAGGAGGCCAUCGAGGACAUCAAGUUAAUUUUCGAAAACUGCAGGCAGUUCCACCAAGAGGGAUCCAAGAUCUACGAGGCGGGCGAGGAGUUGAAGAGCGUCUUCUAUAGAUACGUGUCCUCCAUCGAUAUGACCAGGGAGAAGGAGGUGAAGGUGAAUGCUAGAGGAAGGCGUCCUAUCUUCCGCCGUCGCCGAGCCUACCGCAGUGCAUCGUGCCCCCCGGCUUAAUCUUCCCUUCCUGAUCUCCGACCUAUACUAUAUAAUCCUCAGUAGCUACCAUUGGAAUAUUUUUUGAAAAGCUGGUUUUUAAAUUUCUAAGAGGUUUUUUGGACUUUCGAGUAGAAGCACUGUUCACCCACUUAAAUUUUGGGGAGAAUUUAAAUCAUUUUUGUAAGAUCUUAUGAUAGACAUAAAACUGGGAACCAAAUAUACAGUUGUUACCACA